GUUCACCAUCUGGUAAGUCUCACAUGCCAAAACACAGAGGCGAAUAUAUAGGUUUGGCAGUCUGGACACUUUUCAGUUCUACGAGUCACCGUUGAAAUAAAACUGUGACAGUAUGGUCCGUGUGUUGUUCCUACUGUCCGCAGUGCUGGCCGUUCCUGGCGUGCUGGCCAUGGUACAGCGUCAAGACGCAAAGUCUACUUCGCCGCGCCCGACCACAACACCCAUGACCACGACUCCAGAGCCAACCACUACUACCCCGAGCGGCUGUAUGGGCCAGGACGGACAGUUCCACGCACCAGGUUCUUCUUACCACCCUACAGGGGACAAGUGUUACACCUGUCAUUGUGACUUUGGCUUCGUCAACUGGUUCGACUGGUCCAGUACUGUCAGCGAAAACUGUCACUACACCGACUGCGCAUGUCCACCAUGCGUGGAUGACGUCAUUCCUCCCGACCAGUGCUGUCCAACUUGCCCUAACGGUCACAACUGUAACGCGAUGGGUACGGUGAUCCCGGCCGGUAGAGAUGUCCAGGUGAACGGCUACACCUGCCGCUGUCCCGACACCUCCGGGUUUCCGUUCGGUCGUCGAAAGCGGUCCACCGUCGAUCGGAGGGGGCUUCGGUACUUUUCGCCGGUCUUCGGCGACUGUACCCGAUUCCUGGAGGCCACCUGCUAUCGUCCGACGACAGUUCCUCCUACAACAACAGUACCAACUACAGUACCAACAACUACAACCCCGACAACAACAGAACCAAUCACAACCAUACCGCCUAGCAUAUGCGUUACAGACAACGGAGUCUACAACCCAGGCCAAACCUGGCAUCCAAACGGAGACCCGUGCCACACGUGCACGUGUGAGUUCAACUCGUGGCAGAGUACGGCUCAGGAGAUGUGUUAUUAUGCCGACUGCGCAUGCCCAUCGUGCGUUGAUGAGGUCAUUGACCCUGGUCAGUGCUGUCCAAGGUGUCCGAACGGUGACAACUGUAACGCGAUGGGUACGGUGAUCCCGGCCGGUAGAGAUGUCCAGGUGAACGGCCAGACCUGCCGCUGUCCUAGCACCUCGGACUAUCCGUUCGGCCGUCGCAAGCGGUCAGUUCGGAGGGGACUUCGGUACUUCUCGCCGAUCUUCGGCGACUGUGACCAGUACUUGGAGGCCACCUGCGAUCGUCCGACGACAGUUCCGUCAACCACAACAGUACGGCAACUCUGACAGGUUUUGGCAGGCAUUACAACCAUCCCGACUCCUACAACCAGACGUAACAGAUGGAUUUGGAA